AUGACCAAACAUUCCUCCUUCUCCUUACUUUCAUUUCUCUUCGUCGUCUCUAACCUAAUCGACCCCUCGUUAUGUGACUGGGCAACGACUCAAAGGUUAAUCAAAGAUAUAUGCAUACACACUUCGAACUAUAAUUUGUGCAAAAGCAUUCUCAGUAGAAACCUCGUUUCACCGGACUCGAGCCUCCAAGACAUUACGAAGCUAACAAUGGACAUCGCCGUGAGCACCGCCAAUUUCACGCGUUCGACCAUCCAGAGUUUGGAGACGACGGAGAAAAGGCCAAACGUGAAACAACUCUUAGCGGGGUGCGAAGGUGAUUACAACAGGGUUGUAACCUACCUCGGAAGUGCAAAGAGCGCGGCCUACGCAGGAUCUUUCAAACAGAUCCUGGUUUUUGUAUCUAACGCGAAUAAUUGUGUUCUUUUAUGCCAAAACAAGAUCGAUAAUGUGGUUCCUCGGAUUUUUUUGAAGAACAAGAAAAUGAGGGUCUUGUUCUCUAUGGCAUCAUAUGAAUCAUUAGUAAUUCACUAG